CUGGUUUGGAGAAGUCAGCGGGACCGCCCUCUUGACCGCGACUGUCUACAGAGUAGCUGCGAUGCAAGAAGAAGCGAGUGCUCUCUUCAAUGGUUCCGCGCAAAAGGUCAGAGACACGCAUCCUGACAUCAAGAAGCCGGUCUCCAACGAGAUGCUCAAAUGGGCAGACGACAAUCGAGCGGCCAUUGCCAAACACGUGUCAAGCAACGGCGUGGCCAGUCCAGUAGUCAAUCCUCUGGGCUGGGGAGACCGAACGCCUUAUACCAAGGGGAGUGCAGAAGGCGAAAGCUUUCUCGUGAUGAUGUACUCUGCCUGGAGGGACUGUAUUGUGGCCGGAGCUCAUCACUGAAUGCGAACCCGAGGUUACUCUAUCGGGAACUACAUCGUCGGUGUAAUAUGUCGGACUCGUAGACGCUGUCUGGCAACCUCAAGCGCGGGAUCAUGUCCUUCAAGUCCCCAACGAGAUUCAUCUAGCAAGGCAACACGCAACACUUUGACUCGCCCAGUCACGAUCAAGCAAUCAAACAACUUCCGACCCCUCCACAGCAGAUCCGCCAGCGUCUCCCAUCAUCAUCAUCCUCACAAGUGGAAGAACGAACUCCUCGACAACGAAGAAAAUUCCUCGACCUACCAGACGAAAAAAUCCGCAACAUCAGAAAUCUACGAAAUUCUCACAGGAAAAUUUCAACCUCCAAUUUCUCCACCAACAACCCUCCUCACCAUCAACAUCAACAUCGCCACAACCCCAUUUCGGGCCUCCUUCUAAAAACCCACCAAUGCCCGCCAAAAAUACAUUCCCAUCUUGCUCUCCACGGCUCAUGGUCCACCCACCCACCCAC